AAAUGCAUUAUCAGAUUCCAUCAGCACACCCUCAUUCAGGUGUAGGAAUAUAUGUGUAUGUGUAGACAUAUAUUCAUUAUAUUUGCCAUUUGCAUGAGAAAGUAAUUUGAUCUUUUAGAAUUUUUUGAGUAUAUUAAAUGAUAUAAAAAUGUUUUGUAAAGCGUAAGAGUGCACUUCAAAAUGACUUUCAAACUGUUCGUUAUGGUUGCUUUAAUGUUUUUCACUUUCAUUUCAAGUCACUUCAAUGAUGCAGUGAAUUAAGUAUGUGUGGAAUUCAUUUAUAGCAUUUUUAAAAAAAAAAUUAAAUUUUCCAAAUUAUUUGUCCCUUUUGAAGAGUGUAAUUGCCGGUUUUUUUUUUUUUUUUUUUUAAAUACAGUGUGAAUAUGCAUCACCAUGGCAGCAGAUUUUCAAUGUUUCCUGCUCCAAAUCUGUAAAAGCGUAAAAGUAAAGAGCAAGUUCUGAAAGAACUGAAGAGAACCGUUACAAAACAUUCCGAAACCUUAUACUGAGUUAGUGUUGUAAGCAGAGCUUUUAAAUCAAGUUCGUACUUAAAUUCAAGACUCAAAGUUGGUUUUUUUGUCCAGGUUAUAUACAGUGGGUUCAAAAUGCUGAGAUCAUAUUGAAAAUCUUUUUUUAUUUUUUUCUUCUUUUUUUAUAUGUAAAAAUUUACGAUUUUGAAAAAUAUAAAACAAACAAUGAAGACAUACUUUAGGUUCUGCACUAUUUCUAGAUCACUUAUCAUACAGCCAGUCAAGUGUUCCAUUGCUGCAAAAGACUCUCUGGAACAUUCUCAAAUCUUGAGAACACAUCUGAUUUUAUACAAACUUGUGAAGAUUUCACUGAAACUAUUAUGCCGAUAACAUAAUUAGUAAUAAAAUUGUAAAAAAAAAAAAAAAAAAAGUAUAUGUGUAGAAUAGAAUAGAAUUAUUUCUACUUGUAGUCCAGAUAUCUGGACUUAACAUCUUAAAAUAUUUCAAGAGUCAUUGACAUUGAAGACAUUAAUAUAUUUUAGUGCGUUGCACUGGGUGCACAACCUAUACAGUUUGUAUACCUUAUAUCUAGCUCAAUGGAGUAUUUUUUCCCAACCCAUUUCUUAGUUUAGCAUUUUAACAUCUAAUUAUGUUUUCCCUCUGCCCCCAUCUGAACCGCUGCCCCGCCGCCCCGCCCCCAUUCCUGAUGCUGACUUCCGACCGACCAUCUGACGCUCUGACUUGGCGACCUAUAGAUAGUGUUGUCCUCUCUGCGUUACGGAAUAAUCAGUGGCUCCUGGGUGGAGCAAGUGCAUCUGUGGCGCUUCAAGGGUGUCAUACAGUGUCUGCCAAUUAUCGCCACCACCUUCUGCUGCCACCCAUGGUGCUCUCCUCCUUCAAACACGGCCUCCUCACUGGCCAGUGGCUGAACAAGGUCAUUUACGUUCGGUGGGACGGCGUCUUUCGCUGCAUCCCUAUCUGUGGCAUGGCAUUUGCCUGUCAGUCGCAAGUAUUGCCCACUUACGACAGCUUGGAUGAGCCAUCAGUGAAGAGAAUGAGCACAAUAUUCACCUCCUCGCUCAACGUGGUCACAACCUUCUACAUCACAGUGGGGUUCUUCGGUUAUGUGAGCUUCACAGAUAACAUUGCCGGGAACGUACUGAUGAACUUUCCAUCUAACCUGGUAACGGAAAUGAUCCGUGUGGGCUUCAUGAUGUCUGUGGCUGUGGGCUUUCCCAUGAUGAUCUUGCCCUGCAGACAGGCUAUCAACACCAUGUUAUUCGAGCAGCAGCAAAAGGAUGGCACCUUCGCCGCAGGAGGGUAUAUGCCACCACUUCGCUUCAAGAGCAUCACUCUUUGCAUCGUUUUUGGCACCAUGUUGGGCGGCAUCCUCAUUCCUAAUGUGGAGACCAUCCUGGGUCUGACUGGAGCCACCAUGGGCAGUCUGAUCUGCUUCAUCUGCCCAGCUCUCAUCUACAAGAAGAUCAUGAAGAACGCCUGGACUGCACAGCUGGUUCUGUGGGUCGGUCUCGGCAUCCUGCUCAUCAGUACCUUCACCACGCUGUCCAUUUCCUCCAACGAGCCACAGAAAUUAAACCCUCCUCCGGAUGUCCCUGCAAAAACUGAGGACAAGCCUCCCAUCCUUGUCGCCCCUGAGUUGCCUAAAGGACCAGUGCAAGAGAAUAGACUGGAACCUGAUCCAGGAGAGAAGCCAGAUAGGCCACCAAUUGAGGUUGAACAGCCAGUAGAGAAGGCAGCAGAAGAUCCCCCUCAAAUUAAAGUACCUGUGGAAGUGGCUGAGCGAAAGGAUGAGGAAAAAGUUCAGUUGGACCGCCCUGAAGCUGGUGUUGCGGUCCCAGAAGGGGAAGCCCAUCGCCAUGAGCCGCCCAUCCCUCAUGACAGAGUUCAGAUAGAUGAGAUCAAAAACCAGGAGGAACUGGAGGAUGAAAAGAAACAACCUAUAGUUGUGGAGGAAGAAAAGAAACUACCUGCCAGAGAGGAGGAGGAGCUUCUUGCUGAGCAGGGGGCGGGGCAAGCGCAAGAGGUGGAAGCUGUAAAAGAGGAGGAGUCAAAAGAAAAAGAUGCGGUGAAAAGGGAUGUCGAUCAGGACCAGCAUGCAGUUAAUGAAGUGUUGGACAAGGCAAAAAAUCCAGAGGAUCUGAAGAAGGUCGAGCCCUUGGUGGUCCAUAAAGAACCAGACAACCUGCCUGAAGUGAAAGAACAGCAUGAUGAGAAUGAAGCGCCCCGAGAGAAGAAGCCAGAAGAGAUUGAUAAAGCCCCUGAACCCCAGGGUGAGAAAUCGAAGGAGAAGUUUCUGGUGCAGGAGCACAAGGAGCAGAAGGUUCCAGAUGGAAAGGAUGUAGGGGCGGACAAGGAUGGAGAUGGGGACAAGAUGGAAGUGAUUAAAAAGAUUGUUGCAGAGGGUCAGUUGGACCACGCUGUGCUGCUCCAGGUAAUUAAAGAGCAGCAGGAACAGCAGAAAAGGCUUCUGGACCAACAGGAAAAACUCCUGGCUGUUAUUGAGGAGCAACACAAGGAGAUCCACCAAAUUAAGGAGGGAGAAGAAGAACCAAAGGCAGUCGAACAGCAGAAAAGACAUGUGGAACAUGAGGAAAAACACUUGGAUGUGAAUGAGGAGGUCCAUCAAGUAAAGGAAGGAGAAGCUGAGCCAAAGGCAGCAGCAGGAGAGGGUGUAGGUGAGUUGGGGAACAUUGUGCAGGAGUUCGAAGGGAUGGAAGGGGCAGUGAAGCUUAAAGUUGCCGCUGUCGCUCCAGACCAAUUCCAGCAGCCCCAGGGAGAGCCGAAGCAUGUAGCUGCAGCUGUCGCAGGGCCUGAAAACCCAGAAGCAAAAGAGGCUCAAGUCGUCGUCGGUCAUCCCAACAAUGCCCUUGAAGCGGUGCAAGAUGGAGGUGUUAAAGUUCCCAAGAAGGAGGAACUGGAGCUAAACGACCAAGCAGGGCAAGACGGAGCACUACCUCCAGAGGUCGGUGCCCGAGGUGUUCCUCUGCGUCCUCGAGAGCCAGAACCAGCCAAAAUCAAUCCUGACGCUCUUGCAGAAGAGGAGGAGAGAGUGAGGCAGAAAUUGGCCCAACUGGAGGCAGAGAAGGAGAGAAUAGAGAAAGAAAAGUUGGACAAUGAAAGGAUUGAGAAGGAGGUGCAGGCCCGUGUCGAGAAGGAGCGGAAGGAACGAGAAAGAAGAGAGGAACUGGCACGUGAGCAGGAGCUAGAACGUGUGCGGCAGCAAAAGGAACAGCUAGAGAAGGAAAGGCUUGAAGCGGAGAGGUUGAAACUUGAAAGAGAGAAGAUGGAUAAAGAGAUCAUGGAGCGUGCCGAGAAGGAGAAAAGAUUGUUGGAGCAGAAGGAGCGGGUAGACCAGCUGCAGAAGGUCAUCGAUGCGCGACAGGGUAAGGCAAGUCUUGAGGAUGAGAGUUUGAAACAGGCACGAGAGAAGACUGAUAAAGAGAUCAUGGAGCGUGCCGAGAAAGAGAAAAAGAUACUCGAGCAGAAAGAACAACUAGACAGACUACAGCAGGUCAUUGACGCAAAGGAUGGUGAUGCCCCCAUAGCAGGAGAAGACCUGCCAGUGCCUAAGCAAAAAGGAGGCAGGGACUUGAAGGAGAAUAUAGCUCCACCAGACGAGGAGAAGAAAGUGGAAAAGAGGAACAGAGAGGAUGGAGGGCUGGACCUUAAGAGGAGACGCAGAGCUGUGGACCCUGAGGGCGGAGGAGGCGCUGACCUGGAUCUUCUGCAGGACGUAGGAGGUUUAGACUUACACGCUGACCUAAAGGGGCAACUCCUGGCGGGAUCUCUGAUUCACACACGCCAGCUUAAACAGAUGUUACAGAGGCAGGAGAAUGAAGACUAGAGUAGGUUGUUCCAGAAUGACGACCUCUCAAACAAACGUACGUGAUCUGGCAGUGAGAAGAAUCUCUUUCCUCCUCAUUUUAAAAGUAGAUGCCUUUAUCUAAGACACAACAUUCCUUUUGGGUUCAUGAUGACAGUGGGCACUUUGAUUUGAUCCUUUAGUUGUCCGCUGGGAACACUGGAUCCAUAGUCUCUUAUGAGCUUCCAUUAUUGUUUUGUGAGAGAUUUUGCUGAAUCUGGUGCAAUAAAUGGAAUGUCUGGUGUAAUAAACUGAGCGGGCAUCACAUUAAAAAUGGGCCUUGAUGGGCACACAGGGCAUUUCAGAAUAUUGUGUUUUGACCAUCGCAUAGGACAACGGCACAAGUGUACCCCCUUGUGGCUGCUAUGGUAAAUUGGGCGGCUGGUUCUAAAAUGUAAUGUCACUAUUGCAUUCUUCCUUAUUGAAGUUUUAUCUUCUGUGAAUGAAAAUAGAAGCCAAAUUAAUAUAAAAUGCGGGUUUUAAAAAAAAAAAAGCAGCUUUAAUCUUCUUGUAGAAGCUUUAUUUUCUUCUCUAGGAACUAUUGGACCAUUUACUGCACCGUAGUGUUUUCAAUCUGCAAUUCUGUAUAAUGAAAAUGGAGUGUUAAUGUUACUUUGGCCAACAGGUUCAUUGGUCCAUCUGCUUGCUACAAUAGUGACAUGUUGUUAUCUGAAACUACGGUCACUCUGCGUUGAGACAUCUUUGUUUUUCCAGUGUUCUGGGAAAUUACUAAGUGGUAUUGAAAAGUCUUGUAUGUCCAGGCUGAGAUUUCCUUAAUGGUUUUCAGAAAAAGCCUGAUGAUUUUCUUUGUAUUUGUCCAAAGUCCUUUUAUGAAACUUUUUAUUUUUUUUUUAUAAUUGCAAUCAAAUUUGUCUGUUGAAGGAGUGUCUUUUUUUUUCUAUGCGUGUCUUCAGGAUCAGAUUUUCCUUCCAAAUGGUUAACUUAUGAUAAAUAAUAGUUUAUUUAAAAGUUAACUAUAUACUUAAGACCAGCUAUAAGUGAAUUAAAUAUUUGAAUCAUUUAUCUUUUGCUAGCUGAGUUUUUUGUCUGUGACUCUUUGUGAACGUACCCAACUCUCAUCUUUUGAGGUUGAUCUCAAAUCGAACCAUGUAUAUAUUCCAAAUUUAGUGUUGAACAUAACAUUACUGUUUCCCACAGUCAAUUCCUUGUUUUCAUUGUGCAGCAGGUUUCUUUUCAGGGUUGCAUUGCUUUUCUACAUUCUAUAUUUUUGCCUAUGAAGGUUUGAUUCUGGUCAGUGCCUUACGGGGUUUGUGUUCUGCAGUGAUGUGUUUUUGAAGUCUGUUACACCCACACUGUGUGUGGAUUGCAGCUUUUUGUCCCCUAUCUGCAUUUUCUAUACCUUGCUGGUUAAACUAGUCAGGGUAAUGGACUGUAUUCUCUUGGUGAAUUUCCUGAUCUCACUUUUGGGGAUCUUUUUCCUAUUUCAAAAGAACGUAAAUAUAUAGAGAUAUGAUUCAUAUGAGAUUCAUUGAAAGCUGUCUGUCUUAGUGUUCAGUAACACUGCUCACUUGUCCAUAUACAGUUGCCAGAUGAUGUGUAGAUCUCUAAAAAAAUAACUCAAUUUACAUGUUAGCAGAUUUCAGAGGUUGAUGACUUUGAUGCCCAAACUGUUUUAUUUUGUUCUUUAAUUGGGAUAAAUUAAUAAACUUAUUUAUGUAACAGCA